GGGGCUUCCCAAUCCUCGCAUCCAUUGCAGAGGAAAGUUACUGAGUCUUCUGUAGAUCGAGGCAGGAUGAUUCCGGUCAUUGAUUUCUCCAAGUUGGAUGGCGAGCAGAGGGCUGAAGCUUUGGCCCAGAUCGCUAAUGGCUGUGAAGAGUGGGGAUUCUUUCAGCUGGCGAACCAUGGGAUUGCAGAGGAGCUCCUCGAGCGUGUGAAGAAGGUCUGUUCCGAGUGCUACAGACUGCGAGAGAAAAGCUUCAGGGAGUCCAACCCCGUCCGGUCGUUCAACGAGCUUGUGGAUGGAGAAACCGAGGGAGGGGUUGGUAAGCGGCUGAGUGAUGUGGAUUGGGAGGAUGUGUUCGUCCUCCAAGAUGGCAUGCCAUGGCCGUCGAACCCACCGGAGUUCAAGGAGACGAUGAAGGAGUUCAGGGACGAGCUGAAGAAGCUAGCGGAGAAGGUAAUGGAAGUGAUGGACGAGAACCUGGGCCUGGAGAAUGGUUGCAUAAGGAAAGCGUUCUCUGCAAACGGCAAGCACCAGCCCUUCUUCGGGACGAAGGUGAGCCACUACCCUCCAUGCCCACGCCCUGACCUCGUCGACGGUCUCCGGGCCCACACCGACGCCGGCGGCGUCAUCCUCCUCUUCCAGGACGACGAAGUCGGCGGCCUCCAGAUCCUCAAAGACGGCCAGUGGAUCGACGUCCAGCCCGUGAAGAACUCCAUCGUGAUCAACACCGGGGACCAGAUCGAGGUGCUGAGCAACGGCCGGUACAAGAGCGUGUGGCACCGCGUGCUCGCCACCCCCGACGGCAACCGCCGCUCCAUCGCCUCCUUCUACAACCCCUCCCUCAAGGCUACCAUUGCUCCGGCGACGAAGCUCCUCUCAGCCGAGUCCGACAGGGUUCCUGCGUCCUACCCCAAGUUCGUCUUCGGCGACUACAUGGACGUGUACGUGAAGCAGAAGUUCCUCCCCAAGCAGCCAAGGUUUGAGGCAGUGGCGGCAGCCAUGUGAAACUGCAGUGCGACCAUAUAAGCUCAGCAUCGUAUCUGCACGUACUUGUAGGGCUGUUAUGAGCAAUCCAAGGAGGAUGGAAGCUGCUAAGUAGUAUGGUGUGUAGAUGUGUGUUUGCUUGCAAGAGAUGCUUGCUUGAACGCAGUGGUAGAUCGCGUUCUUUGUUGUCGAGUCUGUGAGUCGCUCUGUACAUCGAGCAACUUCGACUCUGUUUCUUCUCCUGUUGAUGAUGGUGCUCUUUUGAGUCGUUGAUUUCGAGCUUAGAACCCGUGAAUUCAAGUCGAUCUCCAGCUUUAAGUUCUUAA